AUGGCUACUACUCUUACAUUGGAAGAUACUUCUCAAGAGAAGAUCGAUGAUAAACAAUGUGAAAUAUUUUGUCUAUUUUGGCUCGACAGCAACACAGAUACUCAUGAAACUCGUAAUGCCGAACAAAAACUACGCUCAGUUAUAAAUUAUCUGAAAAGAUUUCAAGAAGUAAAAUCAUGUCAGAGGGAUAUCGAGCAAAGUUCGCAUAAGGAUCGAAUAAUUCUCAUUGUCAGUGGACGAUUAGGUCAAGAAAUAGUACCCUCCAUAUAUCAACUUCGACAAGUUGUAUCGAUAUAUGUUUAUUGCAUGGAUAUAAAAAGACAUGAACAAUGGGCUUCAAAAUAUAACAAAGUAAAAUCAUUUCCAAAGACUUCAUCUGAUUAUUUCUUUUUUAUUUGCGCACAGGUCAAUGCUGUUCUCGAUGAUCUUGAUACGCUCGUUACUCGAAUUACAGAAGAUCAUAAUAUUCAGAAGAAAGUUGAUGAACCAUUACCAAUCGAUAUUUUCUCAAGUGGCGGUACUGGUCAAUCAACUAUGGGAGUCUUCGGACAAUUUGUCUUCUCUCAAGUACUUAUUGAUUGUCUUCUUCGAUUAAAAUCGAAUCCAGCCGACAAAGAUGAACUGAUUAAGCGUUGUAAAAAUGACUACGGAGGUAACCGCAGGGAACUAGAAUAUAUUGGUGAAUUUGAAAAACAUUAUACGCCUGACAAAGCCCUGCGAUGGUAUACAAAAGAUACAUUCUUUUAUAAGAGCCUGAACGCUGCCUUACGUAAACAAAACAUUCACAUGAUGUUUUUGUUUCGUGAAUUUAUCAAAGAUAUUCAACAACGAUUACAAAAAUAUAAAUCUGAAAAAGUACUUAAAGUUUACCGAGCUCAAAUGAUGACUAGUGAAGAAUUACAAAGAUUACAACAGAGUAUCGGUAAACUUAUUUCUAUUAAUUCUUUUUUCUCGACCAGCAUGGAUUUUUCGAAAGUUUUCGCAUUUCUCAAGCGUAGUAAGACUCUCGAAGCAGUAGUGUUCGAAAUUAAAGCUGAUCCACAGAUGGCUAGAAAUAAACCAUUUGCUGAUAUCAGUAAAGAUAGUGAUUAUCCCGGUGAAGCUGAAGUAUUGUUUAUGAUCGGUUCUAUUUUUCGUCUUGAUAGUAUUGAUCAAAAUAAUCGUAAGAUUUGGGUGAUCAAAAUGACAUUAUCAAGUGAGGAAGAACAUGACAUCAAAGAAGUUCUUAAAUAUAUGAAAGGACAAGUUGGCACUGGAGAAACUAAUCUUCGAACACUAGGAAAAGUCUUAUGGAAAAUGGGUAAAUUCGAUUUAGCUGAACAAUAUUUCCUCCGCUUAUUGAAACAACUGCCAGCAGAUGAUCCUUCAAGUAGCGCUUUAUAUGAAGAUCUCGGUGAACUGGCAGCAUUACGAGGAGAAUACGAUAAGAGCGUUCAAUGGCAUCAGAAAUCAAUCGCCCUGCAAAACUCCAAGCAAGUGAAUCAAACAACUGGUCUAGAAGAGCUUUCAAAUACUCUCACUGAACAGCUGACGACAAAAUCCGAUGAUAAAUCGCAAAGUUCAAGUGAAACUACUGCGAGCGAAAUAGACACUGAACAAUUUAAGCAAUGGCUUAUGAACUAUAUCAAACAAAAUGCGGCAGCUUUAGCACAACAUUGGUCUAGAACAACACGUCAUUCAAAUAGUGUGGAAAAUUUCUGCUAUAUCCUCGAAAAUCAGUUCCCGAUUACAAAAAUCGAACAACAGACAUUACGUGGUCUGAUCAAUCUUGGCUUUACUUUCAACGACAUCAACUCAGAAGAAUGUGUGAAACUCGUUCGUGGUAUUCAAAAUGAAAAAAUCAUUUUGAUUCUCUCGAAAACUAGUAUGGAAAAUCUAGCGAAAUCGAUCUGCGAAGAACCUUUCCUUAGUGCUAUUUACGUUAUCGAUUCAUCGAACGAUAACUCGUUUGAAUCGAAAAUGUACCGAGGAUCGUUUCCUGACAUUACUCGACUAUGUAAACAACUAGAGAAAGAUCUUCCAUUAUUAACAUAUGACUUAACAAUCAUCAGUUCGAUUCCUGCUGAGUACACGAGCAUGAGCACACUUAAUUAUGUUCAAGCGGUGAAAGAUAUCCUUUUAGAUACAGAUGAAAAACAAAAUCUAAAAAAAGAAAUGAUCGAUUUCUGUCGAGAAAAGUACGCUGAUAAUGUUAUUCAGUUGACGCUAAUCGACGAAUUCGAAAAUAGUUUUCAACCGGACAAUGCUCUUCAGUGGUACUUGCGACAAGAAGCUUUCGUAUACAAAAUGCUUACGAGAGCUUUUCGAAUCUUGGAUGUAGAUAUAUUAUAUCGGCUUCGAUACUUUGUCCAACAUCUCCAUCGUAAAUUAGAAUCAUCCAGUAAUACAACUCCGCUGACUGUCUAUCGAACACUUCGAGUUCGAAAGGAUCUUUCCAAGAAGAUGUGCAAUUAUCAGGAAGGAAUGUUAUCGUUCAAUGAAUUUCUUUUCGUCAGUAAAGAUCCACCGACCGCCGAGCCUAAUCCGAUGAAUACGGAAUCGAAGGUGGUUCAUUUUCAAAUUAAUUUAGGUGCUGAAAUUUCACGAUUUGUUGUUUCUACAAAAUCCAAUGAAGUUCUUCUCACCAUUGGAGUCAUAUUUCGAAUUGAAAAGCUCGAAGCAAUCGACGAAAACACUUUUAGGGUGCAAUUAACGACGAACAAUGAGGUUUUGAAAGCUGGUCAAUCGAUAUCAAAAGAAUUACGUGAUGCUAUUCGUGGUCCAUUUCCAUUGGCACGUAUGGGAAAAUUGAUAAGACAGAAAGAGUCGGUGGAGUAUUUGGAAUACUUUUCUUCUCUAUUGAUGGAUGAUUCACGAACAGCUGGCAAUGAAACCGCAAAUAUAACUCUUGCUGGAAUGCUUCAUUCUUUAGGCAAUCAUUGCUAUAAAAGAAAUCAGUACGAGCAAGGGCUGACUCAUUUGCAAAAUUCUCUCAAAGUCCACCUGCGUGUUUUGCCUUCUGAUGACAUUAGAUUAACAUCGACUUAUAACAAUAUCGGAAGCAUCUAUCACAAACAAGAUCUCAAUGAAAAAGCACUAGAAUAUCAUCAAAAAGCUUAUGAAAUUCAGAAAAACUCAUCAGAUCCAGACUUGGAAUCGGUCGCCGCCUAUGCAGGAAAUAUCGCCUCAGUGCUAACCAAACUGCGCAGACACAAAGAAGCAAUUAAAUAUUACGAAAUAGAUUUGAAAGUCAACCAAAGACUUCAUCAGAACAAAGAUAGUGGAGAAAUCGCUGCGAAAUUUCAUAAUCUUGCUGCGAUGCAAUAUCGAUCACAGCUCUAUUCGGAAGCACUCGUUAACUAUCAAAAGUGUUUGGAAAUGGAGCUCAGAUGUCAUUCAGCAAAGAAUCCAACGGUUGCAACGACCUAUUUCAAUAUGGCAACGGCACUUGAAAAACUUGGACGAUUCAAAGACGCAAUACAAGCGAUGGAGAAAGGGAUUGAAAGACUACUUCAAACCAAAAAAGAAGAUGAUGAAGAAAUACAGAACUAUAAAAAGUAUAUUCAGCAGCUAGAAAAAAAACUGUGGAUGAAAGAUUUGUUCGCUUCCACAUAA